AUGGAAGAAUGUCUUCGAUGUCAAGCAGACGCAUCGUCAAGCGAUUGUGUCGUAGUUUGGGGUGAUUGUAAUCAUGCAUUCCACAAUUGCUGCAUGAGCCAAUGGGUACGACAAAAUAACCGAUGUCCGUUAUGUCAACAAGACUGGAUCGUGCAAAGGGUAUGGUCAGUAGAAAGGCCAGCGCAUCCUUUUCACAAUCUGUUCACGUUCCUCGUUAUAGCUUUUAGGCCUUGA